CCGCCGCCGCCACUAGGCUCGGUCCGUCCCGAAGAUGCCCAGGCAGGAGCUGCCUUUGCCCGAAGGCUGGGAGGAAGCUCGCGAUUUCGACGGCAAAGUCUAUUAUAUCGACCACCGCACCAAGACUACCAGCUGGGUUGACCCGCGGGACAGGUAUACUAAACCACUGACUUUUGCUGACUGCAUAAGUGAUGAAUUACCACUGGGAUGGGAAGAGGCAUAUGACCCCCAGGUUGGAGUCUAUUAUAUCGACCAUAAUACCAAAACUACCCAGAUAGAGGAUCCUCGAGUGCAAUGGCGACGGGAGCAGGAACACAUGCUGAAGGACUACCUUGUAUUGGCACAAGAAGCACUAACUGCUCAGAAGGAAAUUUAUCAGGUCAAACAACAGAGGCUUGAAUUGGCCCAGCAAGAGUACCAACAACUUCAUGAUGUUUGGGAACACAAGCUGGGAUCUCAGACAAGCUUAGUCUCCAGUUCCUCAUCGAGCUCAAAAUAUGAUCCAGAAAUUCUUAAAGCUGAAAUUGCUACCACAAAAUCUAGGGUGAAUAAACUCAAGAGAGAAGUUGCUCAUAUGAGACAGGAACUCCAGUAUAAAGAAAUUGGUUUCGAAACACUGAAAAAAAUUGAUAUGAAAAUGUCUGAUACCCAAGGUGGUUAUAAGCUUGAUGAAGCACAAGCUAUCUUGAGUGAGAUGAAAGCGAUCAAAAAGGCUAUAACUUCAGGAGAACAAGAAAAGCAAGAUCUCAUUCAGAGCCUUGCCAGACUAAAAGCUAACUUUGUGAAAGACAGAGGGUCACAUUCAGAUUUGUGGAUCAGUAGCACAUCCUUGGAAGACUCCAGCGAUUUGUUCCCUAGGCAGUAUCUGGAUGUUGGCUCUCAAACGGAUGUUUCUGGAAAUUUUAUUGUGAGCACUAAUAAUCAAUUGGCUGAAAAGGUGAGGCUGCGCCUACAAUAUGAAGAGGCUAAACGAAGAAUAGCAAAUUUAAAGAUACAAUUGGCUAAACUGGAUAGUGAAGCUUGGCCUGGUGUGCUGGAUUCUGAACGAGACCGGCUAAUGUUAAUCAAUGAGAAGGAGGAACUUCUAAAGGAAAUGAGGUUCAUUAGCCCUAGAAAAUGGAGUCAAGGUGAAGUUGAAAGAAUGGAGAUAGAAAGAAAACGUCUAGAAGAAGAUCUUCAGGCUGUGAGAAAUACACAGAGCAAAGCUUUAACAGAAAGACUGAAGUUAAAUAGUAAAAGAAAUCAGUUGGUUCGAGAACUAGAGGAAGCAACACGGCUAGUUGCAAUGUUGCAUGACCAGUUGAAAAACCUGUCUUCCAGCAUGCUUUCCUUGUCAUCUGGUAGCAGUCCUGGCUCUCUUGCAUCUAGCAGGGGAUCUCUGGUGGCCUCAAGCCAGGAUUCUUCAACCUCAGCUAGCUUUACUGAUCUGUACAAUGAACAGUUUGAACAGCUGGACUCUGACUAUCAAAACAAAAUGGACCUCUUACUAUUGGAGAGAGCUGCUGGCUUUCGGCCUUCAGGCUGCAUCACUACAAUCCAUGAGAAUGAGGUCGUAAAAACACAAAAAACUGAUACUGCUAGCCGUCUACAGGCCUUGAGGUCCUUGUCUGGGACACCCAAAUCACUGACUUCUUUAUCACCGAGGUCAUCUCUGUCUUCUCCAUCUCCACCUUGUUCACCAUUAGUAAUGGACCCAUUAUUCGCAGGCGAUGCCUUCAUGAGUCAUGUGGGCUUUGAAGAUAAUGAAAUGAACAGUGGUCUCAGUGAACUUAGUAUAAACACUGGAAAUGGCAGAAAGUACCGAAUAGGAGAGUCUAGGACUGGAGAUAAACACCAGGACCAAGGUGUAAAUUUAGUUGAAGGAACUGCAUUGAAGGUGGCAUGUGUAUCAGCUGCAGUAUCAGAUGAGUCAGUUGCUGGAGACAGUGGAGUGUAUGAAGCAUCUGUGCAAAGGCCUUGUAUCUCAGAAACUAUUGUGUUCGACAAUGAUGAUACAGAGACAGUGAGCACUGCUAAAGUUCAGAUUUCAAUGAAGUACGAUGACAAAAAUAAACAGUUUGCAAUAUUCAUUGCCCAGGUGAAUAAUGUGCCUGCUCUCCUGCCACAGCAAGACCAGAAACUGAGCAUUCGUGUGGCCAUCCUUCCUUCUUCUGAAAGUACAAGCUGUUUGUUCCGCACAAGGCUCUUGGAAGCAUCAGACAAUCUCAUGUUCAAUGAAUUAUUUUGUGUUACAAUCCCUUACUCGGUUUUACGACAGAAGACACUCAGAGUUGAUGUCUGUGCUGUGGAUAAGUGCCAUCUUGAAGAGUGUUUGGGAGGUGCACAAAUUAGCCUUGCUGAGACCUGCAGACUGGGAGACGGGUCAACACGUUGGUACAAUCUCCUUAACUAUAAAUAUCUACAGAGGCGAAGCAGUGAAAACAAACAAGGGGUCGCCUGUUCUGAACCACCUUGCACUGAGAAAAUGGACUCUGUAUCUGCACUGCUUGAACAGACUGCUGUUGAACUAGAAGCUGUAGAGAAAAAACUAGAAGAAAGCAGAAGCACUUUACUUAACAACGAAAACUGGCAAGAUGAGGAUGAUGGUGAAGAAGGUGGCAACAGUGAAAAUGAAGUACAAGAGGAUGAAGAACUUUACGGUCAGAUGUCAGCAUGGGAAACAGAAGAGACCCCAUCAUCAUUUUCACAGGCUGAGUCAGCAGCCAUCAAGGUGGAUAAAGAGACUAACACAGACAUCCUUCCACAAUCUUCCACAGUAGUUCGUCCAAAAGAUAAAAGAACACCUAACCCACUACGAACUCCUUUUGUUAGAGGCAGCACCAUCAUCCGUUCCAAAACAUUUUCUCCUGGACCACAAAGCCAGUAUGUGUGUCGGCUUAAUCGCAGUGAUAGCGAUAGUUCAACUUUGUCUAAGAAACCACCCUUUGUUCGGAACUCUGUGGAGAGGAGAAGUGUUAGGAUGAAAAGGUCUUCUGUGAAAACCACAGGACCUGAGCGUCUAAUCCGUACCUCUCUUGACCUGGAAUUGGACCUUCAGGCUUCAAAGACCUGGCACUGUCAGCUGGUACAGGAAAUCUCUGUCCUCAGACAGCUCAAGGAACAAUUGGAAGAAGCACAAAAUCAGGGACUGAAGGAACUUCCCCGAUAUAUAGAUGAAGAUGAACGAUUCCGGAUGCUAAUGAGGCUGGUGGAGAAGCAAGUGGAAAAAAUCGAAUGUAAGUGCGAGCUGAAAGCUGAUAAAAUGAUGAGAGCAGCUGCUAAGGAUGUGCACAGGCUUCGAGGGCAGAGUCGUAAGGAGCCUUUAGAGGUACAGUCUUUCAGAGAGAAAAUGGCAUUUUUCACACGACCAAGGAUAAACAUUCCAGCCCUCUAUGCGGAUGAUGUUUAGUAUCUAUUUAAGUAUUUCUUUCUCCAACAACUUGAAGAACAUAUAUUUUCAUUUCAUUGAAGUUUAUUUAUGUCAUAUUAUAAAGGUACCAGUCAUUUGUACAUUGAUGGCUUUAUAAGAUCUAUGUCCAGAUUUUAACUUUCUCUUCUCCAUUGCAAAUGCCAGCAUUAAAAGGACAUGAUUAUAUAGUUUGUAUAUUUAGCACUGUAUUUUUGGGAAAGAAUUUUUAAAUAUGAACAAAUGCAACUCAAAAGUGCUGUUUAAAUAAGAUUUCAUUUAGACAUUUUGUACAGCUCUUGCAUUUUUUAAAAGAGGUUUUGCCACAAUAAAAUUUGAAUCUAAUGGAGCAUCAAUCUUACUAUUCUAAAAACAUAACCCAACUAUUAUAGACAGCCCACUUCUUAUAGAACUAGGUUUUGCUAAUUUAAAUAUUUUUAUACAAAAACAGAGGAUGAAAGAAGCCAUUGAUUUUUUAAAGAGCUGUGAAUGAGUGCACUCUGAGCUAUGAAACACUCGCAUUUCAUAAAAAUGAGUGUGGAGUUCAAAUUGCCUGCUGCACUUUAACUUGGAGAUUGUUAUUUCAGCUCAUCAUGUAUCUGUACCAAAGGCCCACUGAACCCUUUGCUACAGGAAGAGAGCUCCAGGGAACAUAAUAUUCAUGUUCGCUUUUCUUAUGGCUCAGUAUUUUGCUUAAAGAAAAAAAUCCUCACCUGUCCACAAUCAAAAUAAUCCAGAUUUUAUAAAAACUGACUUUGUUUUUAAAUUAUUUUGAAGUUGUUUUAAAAAACAUAACAUUCCUUUUAUAAUCCUUUCCAUUUACAAAGAGUAAGUAACCAUUAAGGAGCUUCUAAAAAGAAAGCCUAUGACUACAAUUUUAUCUUGAACUCUAUGAGAAGUCUUGUAUGGUAUUGUUUAAACUGAUCAUAUUUUCCUCCCUACCUUAUUGAAUGGAAGAACUAUUUUGGAGUGGGUUUCCUCUUGUUACUUUUGGAAAAAAAAACUACUAAACAACAUGAAAUGAAGCCUCAUCAAGAAAUACUGUA